UCCGCACAGGAAAGCCUCUUUUCUCUAAUUAUCAAACGGGAGCAGGGGGGAUAAGUACGGUUUUCGCCACUUUCGCACCGUUUCUCCAAACUCUCAAUGGGACCCGACGACUGAAGCCAGCCUACAUCUCUCACAGACCUGCAGCUGCAGACAUGGACUUUUACGCGUUUGGUUCUGCGCGCCUGCUGUCCCAUGGAUCUUUACGCAUGGUGUUGCUGUGGGUCGUGCAAUUAGGAGCGUUGGCGCAACAUGCUCCAGAGUGUCACCCAGGAGGUCACCGGACUCUGCGUAACCCCUAUCGCAGCGUCGACUUUGACUCCACAGAGAUCCAGAACACAGCCAUCCAGGACCUGAUCUGUGACCACUCGCUGUCGCCGGGCUGGUACAGAUUCAGGAUCAACAACAAGCCGGCGGAGAUGCCGACCACCUGCGUUGAGAUGAACCGCUGUGGUACACAGGCUCCGGUGUGGCUGUCACUGAAGGACGCCUCCCUGCCGCGGCCCGGCGAGGUCCGCCAGCUCUCUGCCUGCGCCACCUGGCAGUUCUUCCACGGCAGCACCAAGGACUGCUGCCUCUUCCGCAUCCCCAUCACGGUGCGGAACUGCGGCGAGUUCCUGCUCUACCGACUGCAGCCCACGCAGGGGUGCAUGGGAUACUGCGCUAAAGUUACUCCAGAUUUGGGAACAAGACUCUGCCCGCCAGGUGAGGUAGAAGUCAACGGCAGAUGCAAAGCCACCGUCCCGUCCCUGCCGUCCCGGCCGACGAUCACCCCGGAGCUCAUCGGCCACAGUGUCCACCUGAGGUGCUCCUUCAUCCCGCCGCCGUGGAACCAGCCGCUGGGCUUCCAGGUGGUCUGGGCCAGACACAUCGGCCACAGCAUGAAGGCCGAGAUCAGGCAGGAAUCCACAAUGAAGCCCUUCUCUCUGGUGGAGAUGGAUGGCGUUCACUUCAGGCUCGGAGAAACGUUCUCCUGCAGUGUGUCGACUUUCAGAGUCAACUCCAGCCACAGCAGAUCUCCUCCAAAAGAAAGUGAGGGUUUCUACGCUGGACUGAAGUUCUCUCCAGACUCACUCCACAUAGCCGAGAACAGUAAAGAUCACGAGGUGACCGUCCACAGCACAGUGCCCAUCCCCUGCUUCGGCCCCGACCACGGACACCAGUGUGGAGUCCCUCUGGCUCUGAGCGUCCACGACCCAGACGGUCUCGGACACGAGGCCCCAAAUGUGGCGCUGUCCGCCUGCCAGGUGGAGCUCCAGCCUAACGCCUGCAGUGGAGGCAGCUGCGGCGGGGCAAGCUUUUUUGUCACCGCUGUCACCGAUUUCACACGAGAUGGGAAUCGGCCAAGUCUGGUCGGAGUUUUGCCGGGACCCAACGCACCACGACUCUGGAGAAACUACGUCCCAACGUCCCUGAAAGUGACGGUCCAGGACGUUCCUACUUCCAUCUGCUACUCUCUGACUGACCCACAUGUCAUUACUCUGGACGGCAGGCGUUAUGAAAACCAGCAGACGGGCACCUUUGUCCUUUACCGGAGCCUUGUCAGGGAGUUUGAGGUCCACUCUCGCCAGUGGGACUGCGGCAGCCGACAUUACGCUGUCGCCUGCAACUGUGGCGUUGCGGCGCGAGAGGGGAACGACGUUGCCAUCUUUGACAUGUGCAAUGGCCAGCCGCAGGAAACCAGGCCGCAGCUUACCCUGAAGAACCUCGGCGACAGGGAGGGCAGUCGAGUCAGGGUGCUGGAGUCCCACCAGGGGAAGAAGGUCACCUUGAUCUUUCCCUCCGGGGCCUUUGUUAGGGCCGAUGUUGGCGAUUGGGGGAUGAGCCUGUCCGUACGGGUGCCCAGCGUUGACUACAGCAACACGCAAGGCCUCUGUGGCACCUUUGACCACAAUGGAAACAACGACUUCCACGGCUCUGAUGGCGGCUCCUAUGGCCCUGAUGACCUGCAUCGCUUCAUAGAGAGCUGGAGGAUAGCUCCCGGUGAAAGUUUAUUUGACAGGACGCCUCCUGGGACGACGCAGGAGUUCAGGAGGCCUUUCUGUCAGUGCCAGAAAGGAUACAGCACUUCUCAUGACGCUGGCACAGGGAUGAGGAACUUAUACAAUCCGUCCGCUCACUCCGACUGCAUAGCAUACGAUAAUGUGGAUUACACAUCUGUGUUCCCCUCUAUGGACACAACAGUGGAAUACAUCAAGAGUCCAGAGAGAGAGGAAAGCAUCCUGGAUUUGUCUGUCUUUAAUGGUCAUCCUCUGGAAAGGAGGCAUCUUCGGUUUCACAAUCAGAACAGUGACGGUGAUGUUGAACUGGACGAUGAGUUCAAGGAGGAUCUUCUGCUUUCCAUUGGCAGGACGAGGAGACAGGCGUCAUUUGAAUUCCAGCCUGUCUUUGCUGCUCAGAGCCUCAGCCAGGCCGACCUGGAGAACCUUGCCUACUUCUUCCCUGAGGAUCACUUGGCGGAAGCUCGGCCGGAGGUGCAACCUCAGUGGCCCACGCCAAGUGGCCUGACCUCAGCCAAAGCUCUGGAGGUGUGCCAGAUAGCUUUGGCCAACUCCACUGUUGGUGUGGUGUGCCGGGGGCUGCUGGGACGCCGUCUGGACGAAGCCGUGGAUCUCUGCAUUCUUGACCUGCAGCUCAAAGACGACCUGGGCUGGGAGGAGGCACUGCUGCCAUACCUGGAGAACGAGUGCGAGAGGAGGCUGUUGGAAAACCGGACCCAAAGAACCUUGGAGGUGGGCCCACCGGAAACGUCCAGGGAGGUGGUGACGGCGCUGCGCUGCCCCAACUUUUGCAACGGAAAUGGAGAGUGUACAGAGUGGGGCUGCCAGUGCUAUCCUAGCUACAGCUUCUACGACUGCAGCCUGGCCAUCAGCCAGCCAGUAGAAAUAACAGAUUUGGAGAAUGGAGGACUGUGUGACAUCCGCGCCUUCAACUGCCGCAACAUUCGAGUCUUCGGCCUCGGCUUCAUCGACUCUCCCGAUCUCAGCUGCCAUGCCACCAGACUGAAGUACAUGAACGGAGUUUGGGUUCCAGGGGAAAAACAGCGAACAAAAGCCACCUUCCUCAGCUCCAAAGCUUUAGACUGCGUUGUCCCAUCUCUGAGCAACACGGCCGUCAAUACAGAAGACUUCAUGAUGGACGACAAACCAUACGCACGCUGGGAGAUUAAGGUCACCAAUGAUGGCUCACAGUACAGCCAGGCCAAGGUGCUGACAAUCUACGAUGGCGUCUGCCAGGUCUGCGAGGCAUCGCGCUCAGGACUCUGUAAGUUAAAGGAGAAGACGUGUAACAUCGACGGGAUGUGUUUCGCAGAGGGAGUCUCCAGUCCCAGCAGCCCUUGCCUCCUAUGUGACCCGGACACCUCCAAAUUCACCUGGUCUGUGAAUCAAGUCAACGAGCCGCCGGCCUUCCACCGGCUUCAAAGCCACCUGCGGACAUUUGCCGGGGAGAACUUUGUCUUCCAGUUCGCAGCAUCAGACCCCGAGGGCUCGGCACUCCUCUUCCAGCUGGAGGAGGGGCCGAGGGGGGCCGUCCUCUCGCCCGCCGGCCUCCUCAUCUGGAGGGUCCCAUCGUUUCCUGAGGAGGAAGGACGUCAAUCGAGGCGCUCCUUUCGCUUCACGCUGUCGGACGAGUGCAAUGCCCAGAGCACCUUCGCCGUGGAGAUUGACGUGGUGCCAUGUGGGUGUCAGAACGGAGGUACAUGUGUGACGGACGUCAAUUUCCCUGCUGGCAGUGGGAAGUACCUGUGUGUAUGUCCCGAGGGUCAGCAGGGCGACCUCUGCGGCGAGGAUGUGGACGAAUGUCUGUCAGCCCCGUGCACAGCCGGCAAGUGCGUUAACACAGCCGGCGGGUACAGAUGCGGGUGUCCUCCGGGGCUGAGAGGUGUGACGUGCCUGGAAGAUAUCAAUGAGUGUGAAAGGAAGCCGUGUUUCCCAGGAGUCCAGUGCUUCAACAGCUUUGGCUACUAUGGCUGCGGCCCAUGCCCCAAAGGCAUGCUGGGAAACGGGACAAUAUGUACAGCAGUCCCCAUCUCUCCCACAUCUGCUCCUCUUCCGACGGUCUACAAGAUACCAGAUGUUCUGCUGCAACCACCCAAAAUAAAGACAGACACUUUCCGGAAGACCUCAAGUGGUAGCUCCCCGCAGUCAAGGGCUGAGGCGGGGAAGACAAUUCCAAGGAUUGACCCAAACCGAUCACAAACUAAGACCGCUGCUUUGAGAUGGAUUCCAGGAAAGAGCCUGAACCCGGCGCUCACUAAGGCAGAAACUAACAAGAGCGUCACAGCAGUUACACCAAUCAUGUCCCAAACAAAGACUAAUGCUUUGAGUAGAAUUAAACUUAACACAUCCACAACUAACACAGACACUUUCAGUAACAUCUCAGGAGUUACACUGGACCAAGUCAAGCCUGAUCAGCCCAAAAUCAGCAACACUAUUGCCAAGACAUCCACUGUAGUCCAACCUGCGGGAAGUGGCAGACUAGCUUCAGGAUCUGGUCAGUCUCCGGCUGUGAAUGUGUCGGCUACGUGUGCCAGCAGGCCCUGCUUCCCUGGGGUCCAAUGUAUCAACCGCAGGCCGCCACACGUGGGCUACGUCUGCGGCCGUUGCCCGCCCGGCCUGUACGGCAACGGACGCGUCUGCAUGAAGAACGCCAAGGCAGCAUCCAAUCACCUCCCUCAGCAGCAGACGCUAGGCAAAACCAGCCGAUCCCAGCACGGAAGCAGCAGCAAAGUCUCACAGCUCCACCUUCCCAACCUGCCCAGCAGGCACGGCAUCAAACACCUGUCCUGGUCUGUGACCAGAGCUAACCGAGAUAAUGCACCACACCAGGUUCCUGCUUCAGGGAGGGGAGGCGGGACAGGGAGGAGAGAGGCGGUCACUGUUGCUUUGAGAGAUAUUCCCAGAACAUCAAACAGCGCCCUCCAUGUCACUGCAAAUACUCACAUCCCCCGCCAUAGUGCCAACCUCAGAUCGGACGCCAGGACGUACACCAGAUCUAGCACAACUAUCUCCAGGGAUUUUAUGGUUCCCCAUGUGACGGUCUCUAAGCAGUCUGAAAGGGCAUUGACUGGUGCCACACCUGGCAAAGUGACGCAGUCCAAACAGACAACCCAGCCCCAGCUCAACCACCUGGCAUCCACCCAGACCAAACCCUGGACCCCUCCAAGACCCGCCUUCCCUCUUACAGCAGCCCUCACUGCUCCGUUGUACUCGCUGUCUGAGUCAGAGUUCUCUGCAGAUGGUGAUGAGGCUGAGCCUGGAUCUGAAGGUCCAGAGAUGCCGCAGAUGGGCCCGGCAUUGACCUUCACAACGCCGGGAAAGACGGUGUACAGCCCCUCACUACAAAGAGCUACCGCCAUCCAGCCAGGAGUUAGGAUUGGUAUGACGGUGGACAAACAUGUGAGGACUUGCGCUGACCGGCCAUGUUUUCCUGGUGUCCCGUGUGAACCAGCCAUGGAUGAGGGUUUCCGCUGCGGGAGGUGUCCUGUAGGAUACACAGGAGAUGGACGAGCCUGUCGAGCUGUUUGCAGGCAUACGUGUGGCAGGAACAUGGAGUGUGCUGCGCCCAACACGUGCCGCUGCAAACCAGGCUACACUGGAUUCGACUGCCAGACAGCCAUCUGUGAGCCGGAUUGUGUGAACGGGGGUGUUUGCGUUGCUCCGGGUGUGUGUCACUGUCUCAGAGGGUUUCAUGGAGAAACCUGUCAAGAAGCUCUGUGCAGGUUACCGUGUGAAAACGAAGGCACCUGUGUGGGACUGCAGACUUGUUCGUGUCCUUAUGGGUUUGUUGGACCUCGUUGUGAGACCAUGGUGUGUAGCCGUCACUGUCACAACGGAGGCCGGUGUGCGUCUCCAGACGAGUGCAUGUGUCUGACAGGCUGGACCGGACCGUCCUGUGAGACCGCUCUCUGCUCUCCCGUGUGUCUCAACGGAGGUUUGUGUGGUCGGCUGAAUGUUUGCGAGUGUCCUCGGGGUUUCUACGGAGCACAGUGUCAGAAUGCUGUCUGCAGUCCUCCCUGUAAGAACGGCGGUCUGUGUAUUAGAAACAACGUGUGCUCCUGUCUGCAGGGAUACACCGGGAGGCGAUGCGAGAAAAGUGUGUGUGAGCCCAUGUGUAUGAACGGCGGCAGGUGUGUCGGCCCAGAUGUUUGCGAUUGUCCGUCAGGUUGGCGAGGAAAGAGAUGUGAUAAACCCAGCUGUCUGCAGAAGUGUCUGAACGGAGGGGAGUGUGUAGGAGCCAACACCUGCCACUGCGUCCCGGGCUGGCAAGGCAUGCUCUGUCAGAUCCCUCACUGUGAACAGAAAUGUCUUUACGGCAGUCGAUGUGUCCGACCCAACGUCUGCGCCUGCCGGAGUGGAUAUUCUGGUUCUCUUUGCUCCAGAGUGCUCCCUAUUGCCCGAGGUUGAGACCCACUUACAACCAACAGACACCAGACAGUUGGAGUUCAAUCAGCACCGAUAAAACCUUCAGGUGAAACGGAGCGUCGUCAAAUGGAAACCCAAAGUGUCUCUUCACUGGGAAACAAAGCUGAGUAAGGUUUCAUCUCUGAGCACUUAGAAAAAAACUGGAAGCAGGUGGGGAAUUUAGGUUUAUACAACUUGAUAACAGCAAAAACACGUGAAAAAAAGACUUUUAGAAGUGGUUAUUUCUUGAUAAACUACCAUUUAUGUGUUCUCUGCUAAGCAUCUGCAGCUGCAGCAGGUGUUGACAGGUAGGAUUAAAUGAUAUGAGGAUGUUACCUGUGUAACCUGAUCUCUCUGAGUAACCUGGUUUCUUGAGUGCAUGUAUGAAAACUGGAUCAUUGUGAUGAUGAAGUGGUUAUUUAUCCAGAAACACUUCCAAACUCCAAUACUGACACAUACAACAUGUCAAUUAAGCAGCUUUGGAGCUCAUAGAUCUCGGCUAAUGGUUUCCCCUCGCUUCCAGUCUUUGUGCUAAGCUAGGCUAAUGAGACCAUUUCAUCAUUCAGUAUCUGUAACACCAUAUUCUCUUUAAAUGGCAGAUUUAUUAUUUCAUCUUACAUGAAACACUUCAUGAUUACAAGCAGCUAUUUCAUUCAAUGGUCAGACUGAUCAUUUAAAAGCUACAGAUUUUAUUGUAAAUCGUCAUCAUGUUCAGGUUCUACACUACAAACCCAAACCUCUGUAUGAGUAUUUAUUUAUUUGGUUGUUUUAUAUUGUCACAUACUUCUUGUUGUAUAUAUCUUAAUCCCUGUAUAAUCAUUGUUAUUUCUUAUUCAAGCAUUGUUUAUUGGUUGUUUUGUAAGAAAACAAAUAAAGGUCCUGUAAAGGUG